CAAGCUGUUUGGAAUACUUUCUUCCCCUGCUCGAUCUAAUUUUCUCAGCUGUUUGGUUGGACUGAGUAGUUUCUAGUUAGUACAGUUUUCUGCGUGGUGUUCUGGUGCAUAUAUUACUUUCUACAUUUGCUACUAAAAAGCACGUUUUCUUUUGUCUGAAGAUGGUUUGACUACUAAAAAUAGUGUUCUUCUGAAAGCUGUGUGUCCUUCAGUCCUUGGUCAAAUUGGGUGGGGGGAUCAGCUUGCAAACCUUCUCGUCAGGAAAUUUUGAUCCCUCCGUGCUGGAAAGAUCAUUGGAUUUUAGGAUAAGCAGAGCUGACAUGGAACCGUCCUCUCAACCUCAGCCUGCAAUGGGUGUUGCUGCUGGUGGAUCACAAGUGUAUCCUGCCUCUGCCUAUCCGCCUGGAACAACAGUAGCUGCCGCUCCUGCAGUCGCACCUGCGGGUUUACAGCCAACGCAACCAUUCCCGGCCAACCCGGCUCAAAUGAGUGCUCAGCACCAGCUUGUCUACCAGCAAGCCCAGCAAUUUCACCAACAGCUCCAGCAGCAGCAACAGCGGCAGCUCCAGCAGUUCUGGGCUGAACGCCUGGCUGAUAUUGAGCAGACCACUGACUUCAAGAACCACAGUUUGCCGCUUGCAAGGAUAAAGAAGAUCAUGAAGGCUGAUGAGGAUGUCCGCAUGAUCUCAGCCGAAGCUCCCGUGGUGUUUGCGAAAGCUUGCGAGAUAUUCAUACUGGAGCUGACACUGAGGUCAUGGAUGCACACUGAGGAGAACAAGCGACGGACCUUGCAGAAGAACGACAUUGCUGCUGCUAUCACUAGGACUGACAUUUACGACUUCUUGGUGGACAUUGUUCCCAGGGAUGAGAUGAAGGAGGAGGGAGUUGGGCUUCCUAGGGCUGGGUUACCACCCGUGGGAGCCCCGGCUGAUGCUUAUUCAUAUUACUACAUGCAACAGCAGCCGGUGCCAGGUGCAGGAAUGGUGUAUGGUGCCCAGCAGGGUCAUCCAGUGACGUAUAUGUGGCAGGAGCCUCCGGAACAGCAGGACCAGCCUCCUGAAGAGCAGCGAUCCCUUCAUGAAAGUGGCUGAGAUAUGGUGCCAGAAGCUUAUCACCUGAUUCAGAAUUUGCAUUUUAGGUCGUCCAAACUUCAGGUUUUCGUUAGCAAAUAUCGUUGGUUAUCAAUUGAAACAGGUGAUUCUGAUUAGUAUCUAGGAUCAUGGUUAGUUUUUCUGCAGUGGUGUCUGUAUAAGGGAUGAUUUUGGAUUAAAAUUACCAUACCGUUCCUUUCCAUUCCAAAAGUUGGCCUCUAGGAGGCAUUUGAUAUGAAAUGUUGGGUUUUAAUGCUUC